UCUCGGCCAUUGGGAAGAUAUUACCUUUCAUGAAUAUCUCAUGUGGAUCGCACUCUUGACGGUAAUGACUGUGGUCAAACAUGGUGAUAGAAAGGCAUAUUGGAGACAAGGCCAGUCUUUUUUCUUGAUGAACGUUGACUUUAGUCAAUAUAUGUCUUUUAACAGAUUCAAUGACAUUAUGAAGAUGCAUGUUUUUGAAAUUCCUUCAAAGCAGGUUCAGGAGCUUGACCCUCUUUAUCAAAUUAGGUCCACCAUCCAAGCCUUCAAUGGUCACAUGGCUUAAUGUAUAAUACCAGGAAAAUAUCUUGCUAUCGAUGAAUUCAUGAAUCAAUGGUUAAUUACUGGUAUGUCAAAUUUGAAGAAGGCUCCUAGAAAGCCACAUCCAAUCGGACAAGAGUUUAAGACGUAGACUGACAAUCACUGCUACUGCAUAUUACGUAUCGAUACAGUCAGUGAUCCUUGCCCAAAAGAAUAUGACAAAGAUUCUGGUAUGAAGAAGCUGACGGCCACUGUAAAACGUUUGGUGAAACCUUGGUUUGGCUCUGGUCGAACAGUCAUUGCUGACUCUUGGUUUGAUUCGCCCGAUAUGAUCUCAAUGCUGAUGAAUCAUGGUCUUUAUUCGAUUAUGCAAGUCACCAAGCGUCAUUACUGGCCUCAGGGCAUGCCUGAAACAGACAUUGUGGAGAGCGUAGAUGCUAACUAUGGUAGCUACUACACUAUGAAAAAAGAUACAACCAAUGGGAAAAUGUUGGUUUGUGCUUUUCGGGCUCAAAAAAUAAAAGCCUUUGUAUCCUCAUGUGGCAUCACUAGACUUGUUGAUGAAGACUUACAAGUCUUCUGACGGUAACUUAGUUACUAUCAAGCGUCCAGAAGUAGUAGAUGAAUUCGAAAGACACAAAAGUUCUGUGGAUGCUGCAAAUAAUU